AUGCCAGAUCAGAAGUCGUCUAACGAUGGGUCGAGGUCCUCCCCAGAGCUUGGUCGCUCUGCCAGCUACAUUCACAUUCCCCAGCUGCUCGACGACAGCGAGACCGCCAGCAUCAAGAGAACCAUCUCGGAAGUGAACCUCUCGCAGCUCGCCACAGAUGCACAGUCGCCUACACAGACCAUCGACGUUGAGACCGGCAAGAGUAUCCUGCGGCAGGCUUCGUUGCGAGAGAAAGCUGGCCGACGGCCACUACGCAACUCGAAGAACCACAACACGGCCACAGGAGCUGCUACAACUACCACUCCCACCGCUACUACCACCACCACUACGACGACGACGACGACGACGACAACGACAACGACCACUGCUGAUACUACGACUCCUGAUACCACCGAUAAUACUAGUACAUCUUCUAAUAACACCCCUUCAACCCCGGCCAGCGUCAAUCCCAGCGUCGAGGUGACAGCUGCCCCCAGAGUGUCUACCGAACGCACCCGGAAGGCCUUUUCCAAGCCGUCGUUCGCGAACCUGACCCUUAAGCCAUGGAAAACUUCUCGCUCACCCUCGCCGGUGCCGAUGCAGUCUACUUCUACUUCUCCUUCCUCGUCUCCUUCUCCAGAUCCCAAGCCUGUGUCUUCUGCAGCUACUAGCUCUUCUAUAACAAGCACGCUAUCUGUCAAGACAACGGAUACAGGGUCAUCAACGACCACGGCAACUACUUUGACCUCAGACUCUGCGUCCACCUCCCCCAUUGAAUCCUCAGGUACCACAACUCCCAAGAGAGGCCGCAGACCGGCCAGCAUCGUCUCUCUCAAGGGGAAAUCCCAUGCCGAGUCCAGGAGCAACCGAGAUUCUUCGCAACACUCGAUACGCCGGAGACCGUCCUGGGAUCGCCUGGUGGCCUCCGUCAGCUUGUCCAGCAGCAAACAGGAUGUCCCUCCAGUUCCUCAGGUCCCCGUCUCCCAAACUUCACGCGCAAAGCCAGAAUCUCCAAAGAAGAGAGACGAACUCUGGCACGUCUUCCGAGGCCUUGAUGUGGACUACCAAAAAUUUGCCUCGAAAUCGACUCCUCUUAAAGUCAAUGUCCUACGCUCGUCUUUCCUCCCCGUCCUUUCUCGCAUCCUAAACCAUCCGUCUAAUCACAAUCUCCGGCCAGAAGACUUGGACAGACGUACAAACAUACUUAAUAGAUGGUGGACCGGCUUGUUGGAGCUUCUCAAUGGACGAAAUGGCCAGUCUAUCACUGGAACAGACAGGCCUGUCUACCUGGAAUCAAUUGUUGCCAUCAUGACUCGACCAGAAUGGCGAGUCCCUUUCCAGUCAAACGUAUCUGGCUCUUCGUCUACUUCUACAUCGAGGGUCGACUUGGCCGCUAGGUCUUACACCUCUCUGGAGACGACAGGAUCCGACUUUCUAGCGGAAUCAAUCCACCAUAAUAUUCGCAAUACCUUCAACCAGAACUUACUUUCCCAGGUUGGCUACUCAAUUGAUCGUAUGUCCGUGAGGCAUACUCCGGCUAGCCUGGUCUCCUUCUGUGGUAAAACUUGUGCGUACGCCUUCUUCUUCUGUCCCGAUGUCGCCAACGUCCUAGUCAAGCUCUGGAAUAUUUCGCCUACCUUACUCCGGAACGUCAUAAAUGAAUUUGACCCUGGUCAUGACCAUGUGCUUAGAGGAGUGAUGGCUGAGGAAAUCUCAUCCCAAUUUCCCCCAGCUGUUCGGAACCUUGCGUUUUCCGGUCAUUCGUCCUUCCUACGCGCUCUGCGGCGUAAUACUUCAGUCCCGCUUGCUGCUGCCCAAAUCAACUGGUUCGGCCCAUGGGCGCCUCGCUGGGCCGGCCGGGAUACAGACCUUUUCUUCGUCUUCUUGAAACAUUUCUACCUCCUAAUCACAGACCUGCUUCCAUCCAUUAGCGACAUGUCGAAAAGGAUAUACGUUCCCGGAUUUAUUCCAGUGCACGCGCAAAUGCUAAUAGUCCUGCAAAAUACUCUCAGCAAGCAUACCGGGCUACAGCCCACGGAUGCCCUUCAUAGCACAGCAACUGCGACGUUUGAUGAUCUGCUGGACGGCGCAGAAACAUCUGCUAGCCUACCCCUGAGGCAAACCAACUCACUAAUAUUAAUGUCUGAGAGCAGGCUGAUCAUGACCCUGCGGGAUUUCCUUGCAGACUCCUCGAUGCAACAGCUGACAAAACAGUUAUUCAUUGAAUCAUUCUGCAAGAUCCUCAAACUUGGCGCACGGAAGACGUCUUUAUACGACCAUAACGCUUGUUUUGCCUUAUGCGACUUUGUCGAGGAACUUAUUCCAAUAUUACCUCCGUACUGCCGUACCAAUGACGUGCCUGAUCCUCUUGACUGGGACUUUUGGCUAGAUGUCUGUCUGGAAAUGCUCAAAAGCAACAAUUCCCUUACGGAAGUCCGGACUUUUGCCUUUAUCUUCACUGGCUGGGCGGAGAUCAACCAUGAUAUCAGACGGAAGGAAAGGCUGUGCCUCGAUAUGUUACUAAGCACUGCCCUGUUCACCGAAUAUUUUAACCACUGGAGCCCCAUGGUCCGCGGAUACUAUCACCGCUUGAUUUGCUGGAGGUUAGCUCGGCAUGAUGGUACACAACAGUCAGAGCUUGAUAUUCGUAUCUACCAAACCUUACUGGAUAAAUUAGGGCACAUCUGGGAGCAGUUUGUUACCCAUCAGUCAAUUGCAGAGAAGGGACUUGUGGCGCCUGUAUCGACUGCCCCAUGUACACCAGCUCCUGGACGCCGUCUUAUUAUCAUCAGAAACGACUAUUUCCCGCCAGCCCCAAGUAUGUUUGUGUGUCUGGACAAUAUCCUGCCACCUUCGAUGGCAAUCCGCUCACAUAAUGGAGAAUCCUCAAAUAAAGCCCAAUCUUCAACAGCGGAAGCCGAAUCCACUUCACCACAGUUAAAGAAGACUUGGAAAAUACUCAGAACUAUAUUCAAAAGCAACUCAAAUCCCAAGCCUGGAGAAGUGACCCCUCCUGGUAGCUCGAGCCCAGAGACUGCCAGCACUACAACAGCCAGUGAAGGCCGCAAUGCAGGCGAACACCCUAAAGAAGAUGGAACAGGCCCAGGCCCCGAAUCAGGAUCGAGCGCUACUCCGCGUCAAGCGUACACUUUCCGGUUCUGCCUGGAGUGGAUUGACCGCCAAAGAUGGCCAAGUAGGAAUAGGCAGCUCUACCCCCCAUCGCUCCCGGCACCAGCUCGCCUGUUUCUCCAUGCCCUCCAAAAGCCUCCCAUUAAUAUAUCCGAUUCAAGUUCUGGCUCCAGGUCCCAUUCACGCUCAGGAACGGGGUCUGAAGACAGUUCUGAAACCGAUUCGGCUACCGAAGAGCCCGAUUCCCGGGUAACCAGUGGGACGAUCGCUCCUCGUCCAAACAAUGCAUCAAAGAAUCUCUUCGCUGCACGUAUUCAUCCUGCAAGUAAUGGUCAAAUGAACAAGUAUGCAGGUAGAGCACUUGCUGAAUGGGCCAUGGUCGUAUCGGAGUGUGACAAUUUCUUUGAACGAAGGCGCGACGAAGGUGUCCCUUGUGACCGGUUGGUUGAGGUCCCAACCCUCGGUGCCGACAGCUUCCGCAAAUAA